CAGAGUGUUCCCACAGUGGAGGAGAGCUGAACCAAAGUCACUCCACUGCCUGCUGUCGAGGAUAUCACAUCACAAACUGCAAACAUGGUUGAGAAAUUUGUUGGGACGUGGAAGAUGAUUUCCAGCGAGAACUUUGACGACUACAUGAAAGCAAUUGGUGUAGGAUUUGCAACCCGGCAGGUGGGAAAUCGGACCAAGCCCAACUUGAUAGUGACCGUGGACGAUCAAGGGAAUGUAUGCCUGAAGUCUCAGAGCACCUUCAAAACUACUGAAAUUAAGUUCAAGCUCAACGAGCCAUUCGAAGAGACGACCGCAGACGAUAGGAAGACCACGACCGUGGUGACCCUGGAGAACGGCAAACUUGUGCAGAAACAGAGCUGGGAUGGCAAAGAGACGAAUAUCGAGAGGGAGGUCACAGAUGGAAAAUUGAUAGCGAAAUGCAUAAUGGGAGACGUGAUCGCCGUGAGGACGUACGUAAAGGAGGCGUGAUGUGGUCCCUUCAGCCCACCCGUUGGAUGCAUUGCUGGAUGACAGGCUCAGUUCAAUGAGCGUAAUACUAAAACUAAAGUAAAGGCGUGUUCUGCUCUUCCUACUCUUUACCUUCACUGUGUUGCCAAAAUCAAAUUUCUGUGCUUCUGUUCUCCAACAUGACACAUUUGGUUUCAUUUGGAAUUGUUGUGAUUGAUUUGAAUAAAAAUGAAUGAAAAUUUGUUGAAAUUA